AUGGGUUACUUUUACGUCAAAAAGACUAUCAAGGCCAAACAACAGGAGCGGGAGGACCGUAUGGCGGCCCUGCCCGAGUACAACACUCCUCUGACCUCCAAGGAGCGAGACAUUCUCAAGCAGGACGCCGAACAUGUCGUGAACCAGGUUCAGAGCGGCGAUCUCAAGGCCCCCGAGGUGCUCAAGGCUUACGGAAAGAUGGCCUUCAAGGCCCAGCGACACUGCAACCCCGUCACCGAGAUCAUGAUCAAGGACGCCGAAAAGUGGGCCGCCAACACAAACACAGAGGGAUCUCUGGCCGGCUUCCCCAUCUCUCUCAAGGAUACUGCCGGUGUUACCGGUUACGAUUCUUGCAUGGGAUACACUGGCAAGUGCUUUAAGCCCUUCACCAAGGACGCCCCCAUCAUCCGACUACUUAAGGACUGUGGUGCCGUCCCCUUCGUCAAGACCAACGUCCCCUACACCCUGCUGUCGUUCGAGUCCUACAACGACGUCUGGGGCCGAACUGAUAACCCCCAUGUGCCCGGUCACUCCGCCGGAGGUUCCACUGGUGGAGAAUCCGCCUUGCUGGCUUACGGAGGCUCUCGUCUCGGUAUCGGAACCGAUGUCGCCGGAUCCGUUCGACUGCCCUCCCAUUUCUGUGGUAUCUACACCGUCAAAUGUUCCACUGGUCGAUUUCCCAAGGCUGGCAACAACACCACCAUGCCUGGACAGGAAGGUAUCCCUGCUGUGUACUCGCCCAUGACCCGAACUCUGGCAGAUCUCAAGUUCUUCCUCAAGGCCAUUGUUGACCAGAAGCCCUGGAACUACGACUACUCGUGUCACCCCAUGCCCUGGACCGAGGCCAACCUGCCCAAGAAGCUCAAGUUUGGCGUGAUGUACACUGAUGGUAUUGUGGACCCCUCCCCCGCCUGUGCUCGAGCUCUCAAGAUGACCGUUGACGCCCUGGAGGCUGAGGGUCAUGAGACCGUCGAGUGGGUGCCCCCCAACUCCCUGGACUGCCUGCGAAUCGCCUCUCAGCUUCUUGUUUCCGACGCUGGAGCCAUCUCCACCCGUGACCAGAUCUGGCCUGAGAAGAACGAUGUCGGCGUCGCCAGAAUGUUCUUUGCCUGCAACCUCCCCCGAUGGAUGAAGAAGAUUUGGGCCUGGUACCUUGAGCACAUUAAGGGUGACAAGGUGUGGGCCGCUCUGGUGCGAGACUUCAACAAGAAGACCAUUACCGAACGAUGGGACCUUGUCUACGAGCGGGAGGGAUACAAGAACAAGUACUUCGAGCAGUGGCAGGAGUCUGGAAUCGAUUUCCUCAUCACUGUCCCCAAUGCUACCCCUGCGUUCCCUCACAACGGUCUCUACGAAUCCAUUUCUUCCUGUGGUUAUACCUUCAUGUUCAACCUCCUCGACUACUCUGCUGGUGUCCUUCCCGUGACCAAGGUUGACCGAGAGCAGGACAAGCUGCCCGCCGUGUUCAACCUCAAGAAGCUCAACGCUGUCGCUCGAGGCGCCUACUCUCAGUACAAUGCUGAGAAGAUGCAUGGUCUCCCCGUCGGAGUGCAGGUCAUUGCUCCCCGACUCAAGGAAGAGGACUGUAUUGCCGCCAUGGAGGUGGUUGAGGGUGCCCUGAAGGCCAAGGGCAUUAACUACCCUCUGUUGAACGAGUAA